AUGAGCCCUGUGGUCCUUCUCAGGACCUUGGAGCAGCACGGGGUGCCGGCAGCGGCACAGGGACCGUGCAGUGCCACAGCAGCGGUGUCCAAGGAUCUCUUCAGCAUCGACCCGCGGGCCGGGCUCAUCAGCACCACCCAGGCCCUGGACCGCGAGAGCAUGGAGCUGCACUACUUCCGAGUGACGGCCUCUGACCACGGGACACCCCGGCUCUCCGCCACCACCAUGGUGGCCAUCACCGUGGCUGACCGUAACGACCACGACCCCGUCUUCGAACAGAGCGAGUACCGGGAGACCAUCCGGGAGAACGUGGAGGAGGGGUACCCCAUCCUGCAGCUGCGGGCCACCGACGUCGACUCCCCGCCCAACGCCAACAUCCGCUACCGCUUCGUCAACGAGCAGGCUGCCUACGCCGUCUUUGAGAUCGACCCCCGCUCCGGCCUGAUCACCACCAGCGGGCCGGUGGACAGGGAGAAGAUGGAGAGGUAUUCCUUGGUGGUGGAGGCCAACGACCAAGGGAGGGAGCCAGGACCCCGCUCCGCCACGGUCAAGGUCUACAUCACGGUCCUUGAUGAGAACGACAACACCCCUCAGUUCAGCGAGAAGCGCUACAUCAUCCAGGUGAGGGAGGACAUACGGCCUCACACCGAGAUCCUGCGUGUCACUGCCACGGACCUGGACAAGGACAACAACGCUUUGGUCCACUACAACAUCAUCAGCGGGAACAGCCGGGGCCAGUUCUCCAUCGACAGCAUCACUGGGGAGAUACAGGUGGUGGCCCCGCUGGAUUUUGAGGUGGAGCGGGAGUACGCCCUGAGGAUCCGGGCUCAGGAUGCGGGGCGCCCUCCCCUCUCUAACAACACCGGCAUGGCCAGCAUCCAGGUGGUUGACAUCAAUGACCAUGCCCCUAUCUUUGUCAGCACCCCUUUCCAAAUCUCUGUCCUGGAGAACGCUCCCCUUGGCCACUCCGUCAUCCACAUCCAGGCAGUGGAUGCCGACUACGGGGAGAACUCGCGCCUGGAAUACAAACUGACAGGGGUCUCAGCCGACACGCCCUUCGUGGUGAACAGUGCCACGGGGUGGAUCACAGUCAGCGGCCCCUUGGACCGGGAGUCUGUUGAGCACUAUUUUUUUGGGGUAGAGGCUCGGGACCACGGGUCUCCAUCUUUAUCUGCCUCUGCCAGUGUCACCAUCACUGUCAUGGAUGUCAACGACAACCGUCCUGAGUUCACCCAGAAGGAGUACUUCAUCCGCCUGAACGAGGAUGCAGCCGUGGGGACCAGCGUCCUCAGCGUCACGGCGAUUGACCGGGAUGUGAACAGUGCCAUCACCUACCAGAUCACAGGAGGCAACACGCGGAACCGCUUCUCCAUCAGCACGCAAGGUGGGGUGGGGCUCAUCACUCUGUCUCUGCCGCUGGACUACAAGCAGGAGAGGCGCUACGUGCUCACCGUGACGGCCUCCGACCGCACCCUGCGUGACAACUGCCACGUGCACAUCAACAUCACCGAUGCCAACACACACCGACCCGUCUUCCAGAGUGCCCACUACUCUGUGAGCAUCAACGAGGACCGGCCCGUGGGCAGCACUGUGGUAGUGAUCAGUGCCACAGAUGAUGAUGUGGGGGAAAAUGCCCGCAUCACAUACUACCUGGAAGACAACGUCCCUCAGUUUCGCAUUGAUCCAGACUCUGGGGCCAUCACCCUCCAGGCAGAACUAGAUUAUGAGGACCAGGUCACCUACACGUUGGCUAUCACUGCCAAGGACAAUGGCAUCCCCCAGAAAGCAGACACCACCUAUGUUGAAAUAAUGGUGAAUGAUGUUAAUGACAAUGCCCCUCAGUUUGUCAACCCUCAUUACCAAGGCAUGAUCUCUGAGGAUGCUCCUCCCUUCACCAGUGUGCUGCAGAUCUCUGCCACUGACCGGGAUGCCCACACCAACGGGCGGGUGCAGUACACCUUCCAGAACGGGGAGGAUGGGGAUGGAGACUUCACCAUAGAGCCUACCUCAGGGAUCAUUCGCACUGUUCGCAGGCUGGACCGUGAGAAUGUUCCCGUCUAUGAGCUGACCGCAUAUGCUGUGGACAGGGGCAUCCCUUCUCAGAGAACUCCUGUCCAUAUCCAGGUUACCAUUCAGGAUGUGAAUGACAAUGCCCCUGUCUUUCGUGCUGAAGAGUUUGAGGUCUUGGUAAAGGAGAACAGCAUCGUAGGCUCUGUUGUGGCUCAAAUCACUGCUGUCGACCCAGAUGAGGGACCCAAUGCCCAGAUCAUGUACCAAAUUGUGGAAGGCAACAUCCCUGAGAUAUUCCAGAUGGACAUCUUUUCUGGGGAACUCACAGCCUUGAUAGACCUGGAUUAUGAGACAAAACCUGAGUAUGUGAUUGUAGUGCAGGCCACCUCUGCCCCUCUGGUCAGCAGAGCCACUGUCCACAUCAAACUCAUUGACCAGAAUGACAACAGCCCCGUUCUCAAGAACUUUCAGAUCCUGUUCAAUAACUACGUGUCCAAUAAGUCCAACACCUUCCCCUCAGGGGUCAUAGGGAAGGUUCCAGCUUAUGACCCGGAUGUAUCCGACCACCUCUUCUACACCUUUGAGCGGGGAAAUGAACUGCACUUGUUGAUUGUAAAUCAAUCAAGUGGGGAGCUAAGGCUGAGCCGUAAGCUGGACAACAACCGUCCACUCGUGGCCUCCAUGCUGGUGACUGUCACAGAUGGGAUCCACAGUGUGACAGCCCAGUGUGUCCUGCGGGUGAUCAUCAUCACGGAGGACAUGUUGGCCAACAGCAUCACGGUGCGGCUGGAGAACAUGUGGCAGGAGCGCUUCCUGUCCCCGCUGCUCUUCACCUUCCUGGAAGGGGUGGCCACUGUCCUCGCGACACCCAAGGAGGACAUCUUCAUCUUCAACAUCCAGAACGACACAGACGUGGGUGGCACAGUGCUCAACGUCAGCUUCUCAGCCCUGGCACCGCGGGGCGGGCGCUACUUCAGCUCGGAGGAGCUGCAGGAGCAGCUCUACAUGAAGCGCAUGGCGCUGACAGGUGCCUCCAUGCUGGAGGUGCUGCCCUUUGAUGACAACGUCUGCCUGAGGGAGCCCUGCCAGAACUACAUGAAGUGCAUCUCUGUCCUCAAGUUUGACAGCUCAGCCCCCUUCAUCGCCUCCCCCUCCACCCUCUUUCGGCCCAUCCACCCCAUCACCGGCCUGCGGUGCCGCUGCCCGCAGGGCUUCACUGGGGACUACUGCGAGACGGAGAUCAACCUCUGCUACUCCAACCCCUGCCUGAACGGGGGCAUCUGCACCCGCAAGGAGGGGGGAUACACGUGUGUUUGCCGCCAGCACUUCAGCGGCGAGACCUGUGAGGUGGCCAGCCGCUCGGGGCGCUGCGUGCCCGGCGUGUGCCGCAACGGUGGCACCUGCACCAACGGGGCCGACGGCGGCUUCCGCUGCCAGUGCCCGGCGGGCGGGUUCCAGACGCCCCUCGGCGAGGUGUCCACGCGCUCCUUCCCACCACGAUCCUUCGUCAUGUUCCGGGGCCUGCGGCAGCGCUUCCAUCUCACCCUGGCCCUCUCGUUCAGCACCGUGGAGCCCAGUGGCCUUCUGCUCUACAACGGGCGCCUGAACGAGAGGCACGACUUCCUGGCAGUGGAGAUCAUCCAGGGGCAGGUCCAGCUGAAAUACUCCACAGGAGAGUCCAGCACAGUGGUGAGCCCCUACGUGCCAGGGGGUGUGAGCGAUGGGCAGUGGCACACGCUGCAGCUCCACUACUACAACAAGCCCAAGGUCAGUGCCCUGGGAGUGGUGCAGGGCCCCUCCAAGGACAAAGUGGCCAUCUUGACAGUGGAUGAAUGCGACGCCUCAGUGGCCCUGCAGUUUGGCAGUGAGAUCGGGAACUACUCCUGUGCUGCAGAGGGUGUGCAGACCAGCUCAAAAAAGUCUCUGGACCUUACAGGUCCCUUGCUCCUUGGAGGGGUCCCCAACCUGCCAGAAAACUUCCCUGUCACUCACCGGGACUUUGUGGGAUGCAUGAGAGACCUGUACAUUGACAGCAAACGCAUUGACCUGGCCUCCUACAUCGCCAACAACGGAACCACUGCAGGCUGCCAUGCCAAGCACACGUUCUGCGACUCCAGCCCCUGCAAGAAUGGUGGCACCUGUUCUGUCAGCUGGGGGACCUAUUCCUGCCUCUGUCCUGUUGGCUUCGGGGGCAAGGACUGCCGUCACCCCAUGCACCAUGCCCACUAUUUCCAGGGCAACAGUGUCCUGACCUGGGACUUCAAGACAGAUGUGAAGAUCUCAGUGCCAUGGUACCUGGGGCUGGCGUUUCGGACGCGCCAGCUGGACGGGGUGCUCCUGCAGGCCCAUGCUGGCCAGUACACCACACUGCUCUGCCAGCUGUCUGGGGGCCUGCUGUCCUUCAUGGUGAGCAGGGGGUCUGGCCGCAGCACCAGCCUCCUCCUGGACCAGCUGCAGCUCAGCGAUGGGAGGUGGCACGACCUCCAGCUGGAGCUGAGGGACGUCCACGGCGGGCGGGACUCACGCUAUGUCAUCACCCUCACCCUGGACUUUGGGCUCUACCAGGACACAGUUGUUGUUGGAAAUGAACUGCAUGGUCUGAAGGUGAAACACCUGCAUGUGGGAGGAGUCCUGGGCUCUGGCGAGGUGCAGAAUGGGCUGAGGGGCUGCAUACAGGGUGUCCGACUGGGUGACAGUGUCACCGGGACCGUGCUGCCCAAGCCCAGCCAUGCCCUGCGGCCAAGCCCCUGGGCCUCCAGCCCCUGCCCAGCCAACAGUGUCUGCAAGGAUGAGUGGCAGAGCUACUCCUGUGUCUGCCAGCCAGGGUACUAUGGAGGGGACUGCGUGGAUGCUUGUCACCUCAACCCCUGCAAGAACAAGUCAGUGUGUCGCCGCAAGCCAGGCUCACCCCUAGGCUACGUCUGCGAGUGUGGAGGGAACUUUUUUGGGCAGUACUGUGAGCACAGGAUGGACCAGCAGUGUCCAAAGGGCUGGUGGGGGAACCCCACCUGCGGGCCCUGUAACUGCGAUGUGAACAAGGGCUUUGACCCCGACUGCAAUAAAACCAACGGGCAGUGCCACUGCAAGGACUUCCACUACCGCCCCAAAGGCAGUGACACCUGCCUGCCCUGUGACUGCUACCCUGUGGGCUCCACCUCGCGCUCCUGCGACAAGGAGACGGGCCGGUGCCACUGCCGGCCCGGCGUCAUUGGGCGCCAGUGCAACAGCUGUGACAGCCCCUUUGCUGAGGUGACACCCAGCGGCUGCCAGGUGCUCUACGAUGGCUGCCCCAAAAGCCUGAAGGCGGGCGUGUGGUGGCCCCAGACCAAGUUUGGGUUCUCAGCUGCAGUGCUGUGUCCCAGAGGAUCUUUGGGUGCAGCUGUCAGGCACUGUGAUGAGGAGAAGGGCUGGCUGGAGCCAGAUCUCUUUAACUGCACUUCACCUGCCUUCAAGGAGCUCUCCAUGCUGCUGGAGGGCUUGGAGAGGAACGAGACUGAGCUCAAUACCAUUGAAGCCAAGAAGCUGGCCCACCGGCUCCGGGCUGUGACAGACCACAUGGACCACUACUUUGGCAAUGAUGUGCACAUCACUUUCCGCCUGCUGUCCCGCCUCAUGGCCUUUGAGAGCCACCAGCGUGGCUUCGGCCUGACAGCCACACAGGAUGCCCACUUCAAUGAGAACCUGCUGCGUGCAGGCAGCUCCGUGCUGGCACCCGAGAACCGGGAGCAUUGGGCGAUGCUGCCGCACAGCGAGCACGGCAGCGCCAGCCUCAUGGAGCAGCUGCGGGACUACUCGGGCACGCUGGCCAGCAACAUGAAGCUCACCUACCUCAACCCUGUUGGCGUUGUCACCCCCAACAUCAUGCUGAGCAUCGACCGCAUGGAGAACCACUCCCAUAUCCGCCGGCGCUACCCUCGCUACCACAGCAGCCUCUUCCGGGGCCAGCCUGCCUGGGACCCCCACACCCACGUUGUGCUGCCGCUGUCGGUGCUGAGCCCCCCAAAAGCUGAAGCUGUGCCCACACUGGCUGGGGGCGAAGGGAACUACACUUUGGAGAGCUCCUCCCCGAGGCAGGCGCUGCCGGAGCCCGAGCCCCCUCUCACUGUGAUCAUCCUCAUCAUGUACCGCACCCUGGGGGGGCUGCUGCCCGCGCGCUACCAGGUGGAUCGCCGCAGCGUCAGGCUCCCCAAGAAUCCUGUGAUGAACUCUCCCAUCGUGAGUGUGUCUGUGUUCAGCAAUCACACCUUCCUGCGGGGGCCCCUGGACACCCCUCUCGUGCUGGAAUUUCACCUGCUGGAGACUGCCAACAGAAGCAAACCUCUCUGCGUCCAGUGGAACCACUCCACCCCGACCAACCCCUCCGGCUUCUGGACAGCCAGGGACUGUGAGCUCGUGUACCGAAACACCACACAUGUCCACUGCCAGUGCUCCCAGUUCGGCACCUUUGGGGUACUGAUGGACAGCUCCCACCGAGAGCAACUGGAAGGUGACCUGGAGACCUUGGCAGUUGUCACCUAUUCCUUGGUGUCUGUCUCCUUGGUGGCUCUGCUGCUGACCUUCUCCUUCCUGACCUGCCUCAAAGGCCUCAAGUCCAACACACGUGGCAUCCACUCCAACAUAUCAGUCACCCUGUUCUUUUCUGAGCUGCUCUUUCUCCUGGGCAUCAACCAUACUGAGAACCAGGUCUGUGGGCUUGAACAAGCACGUUGGUGAGGGUGGGGGCACAGUAUGGAUGAUGUGUUUCUUUGCACUGUGAUUGCCAUCCUCCUCCACUGCUUCUUCCUCUCCACCUUCGCCUGGUUCUUUGUCCAGGGCCUCCACAUCUACCGCAUGCAGACCGAAGCCCGCAACGUCAACGUGGGGGCCAUGCGUUUCUACUAUGCCAUUGGCUGGGGAGUGCCUGCCAUCAUCACUGGGCUGGCAGUUGGCCUGGAUCCUGAGGGCUACGGGAACCCUGACUUCUGCUGGAUUUCCAUUCAUGAUAAGCUGGUCUGGAGCUUUGCAGGCCCCAUUACUGUCGUCAUUGUGAUGAAUGGGGUCAUGUUCCUGCUUGUAGCCAAGAUGUCCUGUUCCCCAGGCCAAAAGGAGACCAAGAAGAAGUCGGUUCUCAUGACGUUACGGAGCUCCUUUGUUCUGCUUCUAGUUAUUAGCACUACCUGGCUCUUUGGCCUCUUGGCUGUCAACAACAGUGUCCUGGCUUUCCACUACCUCUACACUGUCCUCUGCAGCCUCCAGGGCCUGGCUGUGCUGGUCCUGUUCUGUGUGCUGAACGAGGAGGUGCAGGAAGCCUGGAAGUUGGCCUGCCUUGGCAAGAAGGGGCAGAGUGAGGAGACCACAAGGAACACACAGGGCCCCAGCGCCUACAACAACACAGCCCUGUUCGAGGAGAGCGGGCUCAUCCGCAUCACCCUGGGGGCCUCCACCAUCUCGUCGGUGAGCAGCGUGCGCUCCGCCCGCACCCACUCCAGCCAGCGCGCCUACCUCAGAGACAACGGGGCAGCACGUCAGGGCUCGGCCCUGGAUCACAGCCUGCUGGCCCACGCUGGCCCCACCGACAUCGACGUGGCCAUGUUCCACCGCGACGCUGGGGGAGACCAGGACUCUGACUCAGACAGUGACCUGUCUCUGGACGAGGAACGCAGCCUCUCUAUCCCGUCCUCAGAGAGCGAGGAGAACGUGCGCCUGCGGGGCCGCUUCCAGCGCCCGUUCAAGCGGGCGGCACACAGCGAGCGCCUCCUCACCAACCCCACCAACACUGCUCCCAAAGAUGUGGAUGGCAAUGACCUCAUGUCGUACUGGCCGGCUCUGGGCGAGUGUGAGGUUCACCCCUGCUCCCUGCAGAAGUGGGGCUCUGAGAGGAAGCUGGGAUUUGACAUCAACAAGGACGCAGCCAACAAUAAUCAGCCAGACCUGGCCUUGACCAGUGGGGAUGAGAACUCCCUCACCCAGACCCAACGGCAAAGAAAAGGGAUUUUGAAGAACCGCCUUCAAUACCCUGCUACUCUCCAAGGCCUGCCAUCCGUUGGCAGGAUGACCAACGAGCUGACAUGGUACAAGACCUCUACACUGGGUCACAGGGCUGUCCCUGCUGCUUCCUACGGCAGGAUCUACUCUGGGGCAGGCAGUCUGUCACAGCCAGCCAGCCGGUACUCGUCACGGGAGCAGCUUGACAUGCUGAUGAGGAGACAGAUGUCCCGGGAGCAGCUGAGCAGACACAACUCAGGAGAGUGCUUGGAAGCUGUGCCCAGCCGACACGGGUCCAGGGAGGAACUGGACACUAUUCCCACGGGCUGGCACACGGGGGGGCGGGGGGCCAUGGCCGCGGACAUGGUCCUGAGCCACCGGGCACCGCACAAGGUGCUGAGCGAGGCUGACCUGGAGGAGGUGGCACAGCGGAAACCUCCCAACAAGUCCUUGCUGAGUGGCUGUCUCCACAAGACCAGAUGCUCAGCCUCCACUGCCAAGUCCCUGCUCUUCCGCUUCCUGCCCUUCCUGCGCUGGCUGCCCCGCUACCCAGUCAAGGACUGGCUCCCAGGGGACAUCGCCUCGGGCUUCAGUGUGGGCAUCAUGCACCUGCCCCAGGGACUUGCCUACGCGCUGCUGGCCGGGCUGCCGCCUGUCACUGGUCUCUAUUCCUCCUUUUACCCUGUCUUCCUUUACUUCUUCUUUGGAACGUCCAGGCACAACUCCGUAGAGGUCUCAGUGUUGACCUUGGGUUCCCUGCCCACACCCUGCCUGUCCCCAGGUCCCUUUGCCGUAAUUUCCGUAAUGAUCGGCAGUUUGACCGACUCCCUGCUGCCCAGUGAGAACUUCCUGGAGUUUGUCAAUGGCACAAACGUGACGAUGGUCAAUGAGGAACGACGUGAUGCUGCCAGGGUGGAGCUGGUGGCCACCAUCACUGUCCUGACAGGCAUCUUCCAGGUGGCCCUGGGUCUCCUGCAGUUUGGCUUUGUGGUGACCUACCUCUCAGACCCCCUGGUGCGCAGCUACACCACUGCUGCCUCCGUGCACGUCCUCGUCUCCCAGCUCAAGAACGUCUUUGGUGUCUCCCUGGCUGAGCACUCAGGGCCACUCUCACUAUUUAUUACCUUCAUUGAGAUCUGCCGGAAGCUGCCAGAGACCAACAUUGGCACCCUGGUGACAGCCAUCAUUGCCAUGGUGGCCAUCUUAAUUGUGAAAGAGCUCAAUCACAAGUUUGCCUCCAAGCUGCCCAUGCCCAUCCCCAUCGAGCUUUUCACGAUCAUCAUCUCCACUGGCAUUUCCUAUGGUGUCAACCUGAACGCCAAGUUUGGCAUCUCCGUGGUGGGCAACAUCCCCAGUGGGUUGAAGCCGCCCGUGGUCCCUAACUUCAGCUACUUUGGGCAGGUGGUGGGCAAUGCCUUUGCCAUUGCUGUGGUGGGCUAUGCCAUCUGCAUCUCCCUGGGCAAGAUCUUUGCCCUGAAGCAUGGCUACAAAGUGGACAGCAACCAGGAGCUGAUCGCACUGGGCUUCUGCAACUUCCUGGGAGGCUUCUUCCAGUGUUUUGCCAUCAGCUGCUCCAUGUCACGGAGCCUGGUGCAGGAGAGCACAGGGGGCAACAGCCAGGUAGCUGGUGUCAUCGCAUCCCUGGUCAUCCUGGUGACCAUCCUGAAGAUCGGAGAGCUCUUCCGGGACCUGCCCAAGGCCAUCUUGUCUGCCAUCAUCAUUGUCAACCUCAAGGGCAUGUUCAAGCAGUUCAAAGACCUCCGCACGCUCUGGAAGUCCAACCGGGUGGACCUGGUAGUCUGGAUCGUGACAUUUGUGGCCACCCUCACCCUGAACUUGGACAUUGGCCUGGGGGCCUCAGUGGCCUUCGGGCUACUCACCGUCAUCUUCCGCACACAGCUCCCCCACUACUCCAUCCUGGGACGCAUCUCCGACACUGAAGUCUACAGGGAUGUGGCCGAAUAUGAGAUGGCACAGGAGAUCCCUGGCGUGAAGAUCUUCCGCUCGUCCUCCACCCUCUAUUUUGCCAACGUGGAGCUGUAUGCUGACGCCCUGAAGAAGAAGAGUGGUAUCGACGUGGACCGCCUGAUUGAGAAGAAGAAGAAGGCCCUCAAGAAGCUGAAGAAACGUCAGAAGAAAGCAGAGAAAGAGAAGGCAAAGAUGAAAAAGGUGCUUCCCUGCUGUGGGGGACCCUUCCCAUGCCAUCCUGCACCAUGGCCCUGA